AUGCCCAAGGUGCGGGCCGGGAAGCGGCCGCGGCAGGAGCGCCGGGAGGGCCGCGCUACCGGCAUCCUCUUCAACACCGGGGCCGGCCAGCACAUCCUGAAGAACCCCCUCGUCGUCAACAGCAUCAUCGAGAAGGCGGCCCUACGACGCACAGAUGUCAUUCUGGAAGUAGGCCCAGGAACUGGUAACCUGACGGUAAAGAUGUUAGAGAAAGUAAAAAAAGUUAUUGCCUGUGAAAUUGACCCUAGACUUGUUGGUGAACUUCAGAAGAGAGUCCAGGGCACGUGUCUGGCAAACAAACUUGAAAUCAAGGUUGGAGAUAUCUUGAAAACAGACUUACCGUUCUUUGAUGCGUGUGUGGCUAACUUGCCUUACCAGAUUUCUUCACCUUUUGUAUUCAAGCUGUUGCUUCAUAGACCUUUUUUCAGGUGUGCAAUACUUAUGUUUCAAAGGGAAUUUGCACUUCGUUUGGUUGCAAAACCAGGGACUAAACUAUACUGCAGACUCUCUAUUAAUACUCAGUUAUUGGCUCGAGUGGACCAUCUGAUGAAGGUUGGAAAGAACAACUUCAGGCCUCCUCCCAAAGUUGAAUCCAGUGUUGUCAGAAUAGAGCCGAAGAACCCACCACCACCUAUCAACUUCCAGGAGUGGGAUGGUCUGGUAAGGAUAGCCUUUGUUAGGAAAAACAAGACACUCUCUGCAGCAUUUAAGUCAAGUGCUGUAGAGCAGUUGCUGGAUCAUAAUUAUCGAAUUCAUUGUUCCUUACAUAAUACAGAAAUACCUGAAAACUUCAAAAUUGCAGAGAAAAUACAGACAAUCCUAAAAAACACAGGUUUCUCUGAAAAACGAGCCCGUUCAAUGGAUAUAGAUGAUUUCAUUAGACUGCUGCAUGGCUUCAAUUCAGAAGGCAUCCAUUUCUCAUAGAGUCUACUAGAAGAAUGAAAGAUGUUCUGUAUUUUGUCACCAAAGUCUUACCUAAGCCAGAGUGACUGCAGUGGGACAAGCUCUUCUCACAAAAGCAAUGAACGAAAUACAGCAAACACACUCUAGUUCUUAUUAAAACCUUACAAGCAGCAAGAAGCUGCUGCUCUGUAUUUUAAAAGUGAUAAAUUCUUUCACAACUGAAGCGAGGUGCUGGACUUCCACGACAGUGUAUUUUUAAAUAUACACAAUAACAUGGAUUGAUGCCGCCAUAAUUGAAAUAUGAGUUCUCUGAUCAUGGACUUCACGUCAGUAUAUUCUUGCACAAUACUCAACAGUACAACCCGUGAGUCUGGUCUGGGCAACAAAACCAGAGUUGUAGUCAUUCCAGUUGUUUGGGAUUUUGUUUUAAAGUGUAUUUAAACACUUUCUUUUGAUUUGAAAUGCUUGUCUCUUCCAUUUGUCCUCUUGGUAGCUACCUGCAUUCCAACUCUGUUAGUAAUCUGCUUCUCUUGGAGAAAUCCCAGUAACUGUUUCUCAGAAAGAGGAGUAUUUAUCUUGUGGGCUUGGUAUCAUGUACAAAAACAUUAUCCAGGUACCUGAAACUACCAGUGUCAUCUCCUUUACCCCUCCUCAUUGCAUCAAAUCACUGUGGGAACCAGCAGAAAACUACCAAAGGGCCAGUGCUCAUAAGCACAGGCAGAAUGGGUUUUUUUGUCAACAGUAAAUUCAAGCAGCUAUUUUUAUAAGAAAACUACUUCACUCUUCAAGGCAAGGAGGAGUUUUAGCAUAGAUCAAAGCUUUUAGCGAGUCUUACAGCAAUGCGCGCCUAUGUCUUGACAGAAAGACUUACUGAAGUGUCUUAAUAUAGUUUGGAUUAUAUGUAUUUGUUACUAAGGACAAGGCAGAGUUUUCUCAAGGAAGUUUGCAUUAACUCAGCUUAGUAGCUGUCAAAAGAAAAAUCCAUUUUGGUCUGUCUUAUGAUUCAGGAAAAAAACCAGCAACUAUUAACUCUGUAGCGUUACGCAGGGGUGAAGGCAUGACUCUGUGUAUCAACUACCGUAAAUCAUUUUUUCACGUAUAGCCUAUCUCUUUCCAUAAGACCACAGUGAGUGGAGAAGAGGCAAAUUAGGAAAAAACUCUUAAGAUACAACUUCAUUUUAUACACAUCCAAAGUUAAUUCUUUAAAAAUCAUUGAUUCAGAAGCAUGUACAGAAAUACGCACUUGAAUUUGCAAGCAUCCUGAGAGAUUGUCUUGGAAAACUGAAUUGCUCAUUUAUUUUAUAAUUUAAAGAUUCUAGUGCUGCCUCACUGCAUAUAGAACCAAUGUAUGAGUGAGGCAGGUAGCCACAGCAAUAUGCUUAGACUAAUACAGAAGGAACAAGUGCUGGAGAUUUGUGUCACACUUUCUAGGUGCUUUAGUUUUACAGGACAGGAAUCAAGAUAAGCUUGUCUGAGCCCUGUUCAAGUAAUUCCAGUCCAUCACAGCAAUGGGCUUACAGGAAUUCAAGUGCUGUAACCAGCCCUAUCAGUUUGUCUUGAUUCUCACUGCUUCAGUAUCACUGUAGAUCUGACCUUUACAGCAGGCGCUGUCACAAAGACUGUCUCUAACAGUCCCCCUGCAGUAAAGACAAUUUCAGCUUGCAUCUGCUACCUGACAGGAUGCAUGUCAUUUACAAGGCUUCGUAAAAAGCUGCUGAAAUCUAACCGCCUCUGUCCUUCCUCUCCUCUUUGGCACCCGCUGUAAACCACAGCCUGGUUGUGGCUGUAGGCUUGCAUGGAGGAAUAGUAGGGAAGCCACUGUUUCUCAUGUAGGAUGUUUCAAUCUUCAGAGGCUUUUUAGAAAAUAAGAUUUCUGUAGAGCAGCUUCAAAGGAACCCUCUGGUAUUAAAUGACAACCUGUACCAUCAUCUGCUAAAAAAAGCUGCUGUCUUCUAUUUCAUUGUUUUUUUUCUUUUAACUGAGAUGGAUGACGUUCUUAAACAAACACUCAGAAAGAUGUGUGAUGUUUAAGACCUGCUGCAAAACUAAAGUCAGGACAGUGCUCUGGGGAACUUCUUCCUGUAUGACAAAUUUGUACAGAAGAGUUAGCUCCAGAAGUAAAUAUUAAUUCUGGAAUCAGAGGCCUUUUCAAAAGUGUAACUCCGAUGUGCUUACAAAGUGAAACCCUUCCCAAAGCACAACAGAACUUUCA